GGCGACAUACUAAUCUUCCGACUACAACGUUCGACGAAGAAGACAGCUGAGCAUGUAGAGUUGGAUUUCACGUGUGUUGAAUCUUUUACAUUUAACUUGAUAUAUAGUAGAAAAAAAUACAAUUAAAUUAUUUUCCUUAGAUGCUAACGCACACACCAAGUAAGAAGUAUGAGCUCCUGUCGACGACCAGAACAUACGGCCCCUGCGGAUGUGUUUUACAAUGCGGAGGAGGCGAAGAAGUACUCUCAGAACUCUCGAAUGAUCGAGAUUCAGACUCUGAUGUCUGAGAGAGCCGUGGAGCUUUUGAGCCUGCCAGAGGGACAGCCGUGCUUUCUGCUGGACGUGGGGUGUGGUUCGGGUCUGAGUGGUGACUACCUAACAGAGGAAGGGCACUACUGGGUCGGAGUUGACAUCAGCACGGCCAUGCUGGAUGUUGCACUGAACAGGGAAGUGGAGGGAGACCUUUUACUGGGAGACAUGGGCCAAGGCAUGCCUUUCCGAGCUGGAACCUUUGACGGUUGUAUUAGUAUCUCAGCUCUUCAGUGGCUAUGCAAUGCUGACAAGCGGACGCAUAGUCCUCCCAAGAGACUUUAUACCUUCUUCAGUACGCUUUAUUCUUCUUUGUCAAGGGGAGCACGAGCUGUUUUUCAGCUUUAUCCAGAAAACUCCGAGCAGCUGGAACUGAUCACAUCACAGGCCAUGAAGGCAGGCUUCAGCGGAGGCAUGGUGGUGGACUAUCCCAACAGCAGCAAAGCCAAAAAGUUCUUCCUGUGCCUGUUUGCUGGUGUGACCGGUGUACUGCCAAAGGGUUUGGGGUCAGAAACUACAGAUAGAACAGUUGGAAACCAGGUCCAGUAUUCAGGACAAAGAUGCCGUUUCAAAAACAUGAAGGGUAAAUCGGUAAAGAAGGGCCGAGAUUGGAUCUUGGAGAAGAAGGAGAGGAGGCGGAGACAAGGACGGGAUGUGCGGGCUGACACCAAAUACACGGGACGUCAGAGGAGACCUCAUUUCUAGUUGCGACUCACGCAACUGGGCUUUUUUGCAAUUUGCAAUCACACACGCCAACACACACACACACGUGCACGUUGAGCGUGUAUGAAUUUCAUUCUUUUUUAUUCUGAUAGAUGAGAUGUGCAAGUGGAAGAGACAUUUAGCCUGUUUUCUUUUUUUAAAUCAAUCUACAAUGACGCGUGCGAGUGCAUGUAAACGCACAUACGCCACAACAUCCUCAUCCUCAUCCUCAUCACAUCAAACUACACAUGUUCUCAGUAGAACUACAAACGCCGGGUCGUGGACAACCAAAUUAUCCUGCCAAAAAGUCUCUUAACGCAAUUCAAGUACUGUUUUAUUUUAAAAAUACACAUACAAAUCUGCAACUAUGAAUCCUAUACAACAACAACAACACUCUUUUGUGUGUUAACAUUAGAUUCGAUUACAACACAAGCAAAUAUAGUUGCUCUUCAAUUCUGAUGAAAUUAUGAUUAGAUUAUUUUUUUAUGAAUUCAAUAUGAAUUAUCACCCCAGCAGUUUUUGCUGGCUUUGUGUACUAAGCCAAACAUCAAGAAUUUAUGGUUUGCAGAAAAGGUGGCGCUGUCAAGAAACCCUGAAGUUUAACCCUUAUAUGUCAGAUGGACUUGAAAAUUCUCACACAGCUCAAUGCUAUGUAAAAAAAAAAACAAAAACAAAAAAAACACCCUCUGUAACUUUCCAGUGUUUAGGCGCAUGGCUGCAAAAGCACGUUUGUAAAAUUUGUGCAAGAUUGUUUGAAAAAAAAACAAAAACAUGGCCGCCAUCAGUGGGCGGGACUUUGCAACUCAUUGGCCAGUUGUCAUUGACCAGUUGUGUGAUGAUUGUAAAGACAAGGAUGAGGUCACACCAUAUAUGGAAGUGGGAUAACUUAAUUAACCAGAUUUAUGGUGCAUAACAAAUAAA